GCUGUAUUUGAUUGAUCCCUAGAUUUUCGCCGUGUUUGAGAAGAAGAAUCUCAUCUUUUUGCCGUCUGAAUCGAAUUUCGUGUCGAGAACUCUUCCGCUUCUCGCUUUCUCUUUUUACAUUUAUCUUCCUUUAUAAGCACAUAAAUCUAUUGUUAUCAUUGGAGUAUAUUAUCGAGAGAGAACUCGGAGCUAAAGAAUGCGUGCACCAUCUUUGCUUGCACAAUGCUUGCCGGGUUUGCUACCUCAAGACCGAGGUGGUGUGUCUGCAUUAUCAGAGAAGGAUUUGCAGCUUCCAACACCAGCUGUUGAGAUCAUUCCUUCUAAGACAGCAGCUCAUCACAGGUAUUCAGGGGAGAAUCUAGAUGUGCUCGGUUUACAAGUUUUCAAGGGAAAAGUAAGUGUUGCCGAUAUCAUGGGGCUCUCUGGUUCAGAAACCACUCUAAAAAAUGAAGGUUCUCUGAAAAGUUGGGAAAGCUCUAUUGUUCUUGUUAAUGUCCUUAAAAACGAGAUCCGUGAUGGACAGCUUAGCUUCAGGGGCAAAAGGGUUCUCGAGCUAGGUUGCAAUUACGGAGUUCCUGGGAUAUUUGCCUGCUUGAAAGGUGCUUCCUCAGUCCACUUUCAAGACCUCAACGCAGAAACAAUAAGAUGCACAACCAUCCCAAACGUUCUUGCAAACCUCGAGCAAGCACGAGACAGGCAAAGCCGUCAGCCAGAAAGCCCACUCACACCAUCAAGACAAGCUAUCUCUGCAUCUGUCCGUUUCUAUGCAGGAGAAUGGGAAGAGCUCUCUACCGUUCUAUCCAUCAUUAGAACAGAUGUCUUUGAACCAGCUAUCCCCACAAUGAACUUGAGCUUUUCGGAGGAAGAUUUCAUGGAUGGAUGUAGCAGCCAAGACGGAAGCAUUACAGGACAGCAAGAUUUCUCCUCAAGGCGAUCGAGGAAGCUCUCAGGAAGCCGAGCGUGGGAAAGAGCCAACGACACCGAUCAAGGAGGAGAAUGUGGAUAUGAUGUUAUACUAAUGACCGAAAUCCCUUACUCGGUUACUUCUCUGAAGAAACUAUAUUCACUCAUAAAGAAGUGCCUGAGACCGCCAUACGGUGUAAUGUAUUUGGCGGCGAAGAAGCAGUACGUAGGAUUCAACAGUGGAGCGAAACAUUUGAGGAACUUGGUGGAUGAAGAAACUAUCUUAGGAGCUCAUUUGGUUAAGGAGACUACAGACAGAGAUAUUUGGAAGUUCUUCCUCAAAUAGGUGUGUAGACGAAAGAACUCAAUUCAUGACCAAAUAUAUUCCGCAGCCAACAACAACAGAAGUUGAAAAAAUAUGUCAAAUACAAAACUCUUUUUCCUUAAUGUAGUAUAGUAGUAAUGCAAUGAUGAAAUUGAAUUUUUUUAUUUACUAUCUUGAUUGUUCAUCUUCAUUUUAUGUUAUGGUGAUAAAAACUAGAAAAAGGU